AUGGCCACGUUCUGGUUGCGGGUGUCCACUGGCGAGGUUGGGGCUGGCACAUGGGACAAAGUGUCUGUCAGCAUCGUGGGGACCCGAGGGGAGAGCCCUCCGCUGCCCUUGGACCAUCUCGGCAAGGAGUUCACCGAGCGCGCUGAGGAGGACUUUGAGGUGACGGUCCCCCAGGACGUGGGCCCGGUGCUGCUGCUGUGUGUGCACAAGGCGCCCCAGGCGCUGCCCCGCCCACUCGGGCCCCUGGCCUCGAACGCCUGGUUCGGCCGCUGGUUCCAGCUCACGCCGCCGGGCGCCGCCCUCGGCUUUCCCUGCUACCAGUGGCUGGAGGGGGCCGGGAGCCCGGUGCUGCAGGAGGGGACAGGGAAGAUCUCCUGGGCAGACCAGCAACACCCCGUGCUCCACCAACAGCGCCAGGAGGAGCUACGGAACCGGCAGGAGAUGUACAGGCUGAUUCUUUAUGACCAUCUGCAGCUCCCAGGGCCUGCUCUGCAUCUCCUGCUGUGGCAGCUGCUGAUCCCGCAUAUACGCUACACCCUGCACAUCAACACGCUGGGCCGGGAGCUGUUCUUCGCCCCCAACCAGGUGGUGGACAGGUCCACAGGCCUUGGUAUUGGGGGCUUCUCUGAGCUGUUACAGAGGAACAUGGAGCAGCUGAGCUAUUCCAUCCCGUGUCUGCCCAAGGAUAUCCAGACCAGAGGGGUCGAAGACAUCCCCAGCUACCACUACUGGGAUGACAGGAUGCAGAUAUGGGGUGCUGUGGAAUGCUUUGUCUCCGAAAUCAUUGGCAUUUACUACCCAAGCGAUGUGUCUGUCUGCGAUGACAGUGAGCUCCAGGCCUGGGUAUGGGAGAUCUUCUCAGAGGGCUUCCUAGGCUGGGAGAGCUCAGGUAAGGCCCCGUCCCCAACCCAGCUCUCCCUGCAGACCAAGGAAGCUCUGGUCCAGUAUGUCACCAUGGUGAUAUUCACCUGCUCAGCCAAACACUCCUCCAUCAGUAAGGGCCAGGUAAGGUCAGUGCCUGGGGUGGGAGGACGGGGGUGCCGGGCCCUGGGCCUCAUCCUGCCCUCUCGUCUUCGGUUUGACUUCGGUGCCUGGAUGCCCAACUUGCCACCCACCAUGCAGCUGCCACUGCCCACCUCCAAAGGCCAGGCAAGGCUGGAGGGUUUCAUAGCUACCCUCCCACUGGUCAAUGCCACAUGUGAUGUCAUCAUUGCCCUCUGGUUGCUGAGCAAGGAGCCUGGUCCUCAGAGGCCCCUGGGCAACUACCCAGACGAGCACUUCACGGAGGAGGCCCCGCAGUGGAGUAUCUCCGCCUUCCAGAGUCACCUGGCCCAGAUAUCGUGGGACAUCAGAAGUGGACACCAGGGCCUGGCACUGCCCUACACCUACCUGGACCCUCCUCUUAUUGACAACAGUGUUGCCACAUAA